AUGACGCCGGCGAGACGAGGGGGGGGGAGCCCGGCGGCGCCGCGGCGGUUGGUGCAGCUGCUCGACGUCGACGGCGAAGACGUGCCGUGCGUGAAUUAUAAAAAGCUGUUGAGGGAGCAGAGCGGGGAGACGCGCGCGUCGGCGGAGAAGGAAGCGAAGCAGAAGUCGGCGACGGCGACGGCGAGCGAGGCGGCGAUGAAAUCGCCGAAAUCUUUGUUGGAGAGCGGCGGCGCGGGCGGGGGCGGACACAUGGCGGCGGUGAUUCGAAGAAUCGAGGCGCUGUAUCAAGGUGGACCGGGGAACGCGUCGAGCGAUGAUGAAGAGGACGACGACGAGGACGGGUCAGAGGAGGAUUCUGAAGAAGACGAAGACGACGAGGGCGAUGAAGAGGGUGAGAGUGGUGAAGAAGGCGAGGGCGACGACGACGAGCUCGGAGAGAGCGGAGACGAGGAGGACUCCGGAAGUGAAAUGGAGGACCCGGAUGAUAAGCCGACGAUGACGCCCAACGGUACGCAGCGUAUUGAACAGCCUCCUGCGGCGAAGUCGUCCGAGGAAAAGAAAGGGAAACCGGCGAAGAAGAAGAAACAGGCGAAGAGAAAGAGAGACGUGGACUGGUACGACGUCGACGACGAUUUCAUCGACGACGACGAACUGGAUGAGUACUUUGAAGACGAUGGCUUAAAAACCAAACAUAGUGGAUUCUUCAUCAAUAAGGGCGAGUUGCAAAAGGUCGAUGAAGAGGGGCGAACUCCCGUGAAGCAUGUGGCGAUGACGUCUGACGACAAACCCCCGGCGAAGAAGGAGAAGCCGGCGCCAGCCAAGAUGGUGGAAUGGACGGAGGAGACCAAGAAAACGCUUCGAAAGGCGGUGACGACGUACGGUAAAAGAUGGCAGAUGAUCCUUGAUUGUGGCGAGUACCCCGAGCUGAAGUCGUAUUCGACUCAUCGCAUGCGCAAACAAUGGGACGCGAUGGAGAAGGAUUUGCAGGCGCUCGGGAUCGACAUCGUCAUCCCGAAGGUGCCACCUAAACCACCAUCGAUGAUGAAUGUCAAGGAAACAGACGACGACGAAGAGGAGGAGGAAGGUGAAGAGGAUGGUUUGAGCACGCCCAGGCGUUCGCAGCACGCGGCUGCGGUUGUCAACUCUUCCUCGCAAAAGACAAAAUCUUCCAACGCCACGGCUUCCCGUGGCGCCGCCAACCUUGACGUGACCGACCCGAGGCAUCCCGAGGCGAGGAAGAAGAUAGUCGAUGGCAAAGCUGCGGAGUUUGCAAAGAUCAAGGCUUUGGUCGAUAAGCAGUGCGAAACGAUUCGCGAGUCUGAACGAAUCAAAACAGGAGUGGCGACGUCUGAGAGCUACACAUUUGAAUGGACGAAGGAAAUCGCCGAGCUCAUGUUCGUCACGCUCGUGCGUAUCUUCUUUGCAACCUCCAAGGCAACCGCCGGCGCGGUGUGGAAAGAAGUUGUGGAGCUUUGGCCGAAGGAUUUCCACAUGGAUGAGCAAACACUUCGAAAGAAGCACACUUCAGUGCAGAAAAAGAAGACGGCGGCGGAGAAACAAGCAAUCAUUGGCUUACCCGAUGACGCGAGUUAAGACUUAAACUUGGGUGACUCACCAUCGAUAAUACCACCGUGUUGCGGCAUAUUUGUAAAUACAAUCCUAUCCAAUGAUGGUG